AUGCAGAUACAGUCGCGCCGACUUACGCAACAACGAUCAGAUGCCCACCCGGAAUCCUUGCUUUCCUUCAUCAAAGCUCUCGAGACGCGAAUUGAGAAUCUUGAGGCACGCUCAAAUGCCACCUCUCUGUCGACGCAGCAACUUCAAACGCCUUCGAAGUCAAGCGCAGCAUACGCGCCCAAAGAAAAGGAGGGCCUCGUCGCCUUCACUACAACAAAGGUAUUUCCGGUGACAAACAUCGCCUCCGACCUCAGUGAGUCCAGCGAUGAAGUCACUAGCAGUCUCCAACGAGAUAACUUCGGCACACGACUAUGGUAUUGA